ACAUGCGUCUGGUUACGCAGAAGGUAGGGGCAGAGUUUGCGCAGACGAAGCGCGCGCCAAGCAGCUCCGGGAUCGCAUCGCGCAGAUGGCGCGGGACGCAGGAGACGAAGCCACUGCUGCCAGAUUGCUGAAGACCGGGCGAGAAGCUCACGCGGGCUUUGAUGAAAUAAAAUAUGUCUGCGAGGUCCUGGGCGGCCAGAUCGUCGUCGAGCACUACGAAGACACGAAACACUCUGUUCAGAGCGUUUAUGGUUACGGCCCUUUGAGAGCGCUCUUUCGGCUUCGCACGCAGUCCUCGGAGGAUGGGCACGAGGUCGAUCAUUGGUCGUGCCUGCAGAGUUGGAUUCCGCGAGUUCCAGAAGUCGCCGCGCGCGCGAGCAAGCCCGAGGAUGCGCCCGCCGAUCCCGUCGGCAGCAGCAGCUCCCUACAGCGACGGUUAAAACUCCCAGGCGCAGCUACAUGCAGUGCGGAAUUCGACGAGUUCACGAUGGAGGUAGACAGCGAGCGGAGCUGGCUGGAAAGUUUAACGGCAGACCCUGAGCCGCCUGCUCAGAGCAUACUCGUGCAGACGGAGGCGGUGAAAGCAUUCAUAGAGAAGAAGCACGCCUCAUGGGAUCCGUACCUGAAGCGAAGGUUCUUCGAGAAGUACGAGGGUCUCAUGCCAGAGAUUGUGCAUGCUGCCCUGAAGGAGUACCUCUUGACUUUGGAAGGGCUUUUCCGGUCCUUCACUGGCGAGGUUCGGCGGGAUGACGAGGCCGCGAUGUCCGCGAUCGAGGGGUCUUUGGAGAAGAGCGGGCCCGAGGCUCGGAAGGCGUUCGCCGCGUGGCGCGACAACGCCAUCUUCAACAGAGGAGGCAAGGGCGGCGGCAAGGGCGGCGGCAUGGGGGGCGCGGGGGAAUCUGCCGCAGAAUUCGAUGCUCUCUCGCAGAUAAAGGCGCAAGGGCUGGAUGGCGAUGCGCACGCGCCGGCAGACGACAGCUCCGCGCGCAGUGCGCCGUGGUGUAUCACGAUCGCAGUGAGCGUUGCUCGAGUUGGGCGAAGCUUACAGAUCCAGAUGAUUCAGAACAAGUUGCUGUCGUUUUACUGCGAAUGGUGCGAGACUCCGCGCCCCUCGCUCAGGGGCGUCGCCCGCCCCGACAUCGCGUUCGUCUACGACCUGGGCGGAACCCCGGUGACGCAGAUCACGAGGGAGAGUGAGCGCAAGAGCAUAUACAUCGGCAUACCGCACAAGAUCAAGGCUUACAUGGGUGACCCGGCGAUGAAGGUGUGCAUGGCCGCCCUCGCUCUGGCGAAGAGAGGGUUGAACGUCGACCAGCUGUUCUUCUUCUGGGGGGCCGGCGGCGUCGGGCUUUCGCUGACGACGGCCCAUCUCGACGCCAUGCUCGGCCACUCCAACCACAAGUAUUUCGACCCGCAGGUGUUCUAUCUUGACGAAGAGAUGCGGAAGACGGUGGAGUCGCUCAAAGGCACGAUCGUUCUCACGGAUUUGUUCAAGAAGCUGGCGUCUGCCGACGGCAUCUUUGGUCGACUGCCGUAUCAGAUUUUGACGAUGGUUAUAUACCUGGUCGGAUGGAAACGCAUGGAGCUCAACAAGCUCAUCACUUUCGACGGAGUCACUGAGGGCGCAUUCCACGCCAUCUACCGGAGGUCUCUUCUGAUUAAGAUUUAUGCUAGGUUUGUCGACGCGGAGUACAUCAGGCGCGCCCUGCCGGACGCAGAGAAGUACGGCAUUUUCCCGCGAGCGCCGGAUCUGAAGCCGUUCACGCAGUCGGGGCCCGCCAUCGCGGCUGGUCUGCAACGACAGCUGGGCUUCGAACGAAAAUACGGCGAAGCCGCAUCGAGGUCGCUGAUAGAUGACUACUGCCUGCGCGGAUGA